ACAGGCAGCGGCCAAGGUGGGCGGAGCCGGCCUCAGCCCUGCCCCGCCCCGACCCUCAGCCGGAUCCGCCCCAGGUUUCCGUGAAUCCCAGGCGGCGGGGAGGUUCCACGGUGUGUGCCGGCCUGGUCUCUACCUUGGAGCGACUUCUACACCUUAGACGGAGAACUCAAGAGAUGGCUGCCCAGUGUGUCACAAAGGUGGAGCUGAAUAUUUCCUGUGACAAUCUUUUGGAUAAAGAUGUAGGGUCAAAGUCAGACCCUUUAUGUGUGUUAUUUUUGAAUACGAGUGGUCAACAGUGGUAUGAGGUUGAGCGCACAGAAAGGAUUAAGAAUUGCUUGAAUCCCAGAUUUUCCAAGACAUUUAUUAUUGAUUACUACUUUGAAGUGGUUCAGAAAUUGAAAUUUGGGAUUUAUGACAUUGACAACAAAACUAUCGAGCUGAGUGAUGACGACUUCUUAGGAGAAUGUGAAUGUACCCUUGGACAAAUUGUUUCCAGUAAGAAACUAACUCGACCACUGGUGCUUAAAAAUGGCAGACCUGCAGGGAAAGGAAGCAUUAAGAUUUCAGCUGAAGAAAUAAAGGAUAACAGAGUUGUCUUGUUUGAAAUGGAAGCAAGAAAACUUGAUAAUAAGGAUCUAUUUGGAAAGUCAGAUCCAUACCUGGAAUUCCACAAGCAGAUGUCUGAUGGAAACUGGCUAAUGGUUCAUCGAACAGAGGUUAUUAAAAACAACUUGAAUCCUGUUUGGAGGCCUUUCAAAAUCUCUCUUAACUCCCUGUGCUAUGGAGAUAUGGAUAAAACUAUUAAGGUAGAGUGUUAUGAUUAUGACAAUGAUGGGUCCCAUGAUCUCAUUGGAACAUUUCAAACUACCAUGACAAAACUGAAAGAAGCCUCCAGAAAUUCCCCUGUUGAAUUUGAAUGCAUAAAUGAAAAAAAGAGGCAAAAGAAGAAAAGCUACAAGAAUUCAGGUGUUAUCAGUGUGAAACAGUGUGAGAUUACAGUGGAAUGUACAUUCCUUGACUAUAUCAUGGGAGGAUGUCAACUGAAUUUUACUGUGGGAGUGGACUUCACUGGCUCCAACGGUGAUCCAAGGUCUCCUGACUCCCUUCAUUACAUCAGCCCCAAUGGUGUUAAUGAGUAUUUGACUGCAAUCUGGUCUGUGGGACUGGUCAUUCAAGAUUAUGAUGCUGAUAAGAUGUUUCCAGCUUUUGGUUUUGGAGCUCAGAUCCCACCUCAGUGGCAGGUUUCUCAUGAAUUUCCAAUAAACUUUAAUCCAUCCAGUCCCUACUGUAAUGGAAUUCAAGGCAUUAUAGAGGCAUAUCGGGCCUGCCUUCCUCAGAUAAAACUCUAUGGACCAACUAAUUUUUCUCCAAUCAUAAAUCAUGUGGCCAGGUUUGCUGCUGCAGCCACACAACAACAGACAGCUUCUCAAUAUUUUGUGCUCUUAAUCAUUACUGAUGGCGUGAUCACAGACCUUGAUGAGACCAGACAAGCUAUCGUUAACGCUGCCAAGCUGCCUAUGUCCAUCAUCAUUGUUGGAGUUGGAGGUGCUGACUUUGGUGCCAUGGAGUUUCUGGAUGGUGAUGGCGGAAGUCUCCGCUCCCCGUCUGGCGAGGUAGCCAUCAGGGAUAUUGUCCAGUUUGUGCCUUUCAGACAGUUCCAGAACGCUCCAAAAGAAGCGCUUGCUCAGUGUGUCUUGGCGGAGAUCCCCCAGCAGGUGGUAGGCUACUUCAACACAUACAAACUCCUUCCUCCCAAGAAUCCGGCUAAGAAAUGAAAGGAGCCCUGGUCGCCUGAGCAGAAAGAAGUCUUUUGUGCUGUGUGGAGCAAUGGAUUUCUCUCUGACCCCAAAUCAUGAAUCUGUCAUUUUACACACUUCUCACGAACCCCAGCAUUUAUGAUGCAAACUUAGUUCUCUAUGGAUUAUGUCUAUUUAAAGCAUUCUUUUUUACUUUUUUCGGAGGAAAGUACUAACUUAAUCUUUGCCCAAUCAAUUCAGUGAUUGCUAGUGAUUUACAGUAAUUGCAGUGAGGCUAUUUGGAUUAGAAACUGGUGUGAGAAAAGCGGAUUUUGUUCUUGUGGUUGUUUACUUUCAUAUGACGAAAAUGCUGUUUUUGAAUGUUUGUAAAUAAGAAAGAGUGGAAAAUUGUUGAAAUGAUGCGAUUUACAGGUUGCUGUGCUUUGCUCUAGGCAAUGUAUGUUUUAUAAGCCAUUGUCCAUGCCUGACAACAAGAGCUUCUUAAAUUAGAUGAUAUUGAAUUUGUUUCUGGAACUAUACUUAGUGCUAUUCCAUGGGAUAAAACUACCUUUACUUGUGCCUGAAUUUUGCUGCAAUUUAGACAGGCACAGUUCAAAACAGCACGGAUCCUCAUAGGGCUUCAUGAAAAGUACCGAAUAAGAAGGGAUGGCACAUAUUCAGUUCUUAAAAUUGUACAGUCAACAAGUAAAAGGAACCUCAUGUAAGUAAGCCAUUUUUAUUUGUCUUCCUAGAUCUUUCAUUUUCAUUAUUGAAUACUGUAGACAUGGUCAGAUUUGACCUUUUCAUUGACUGUAUGUGACACUCAGGAUUCUGUAUCUGCAUUGAUGAUAGGUAGCCCUAGAUUUAACAUUAUUAGAUUAUUUUAAUUGGAGUUUGUUAAAAUGGUUAGGACUGGUUUAUCCAGGAAAACUAUAAGGACCAAACAUAUAAGGGGAAAUUCAGAAUUCUACUUUCUUUUAAUCAAUGAAAGACGUUACUUAUUAAAAGAGACAAUGUUUAUACUUUCCUUGUUAAGGUUCCCAUAUAUUGAUUUGUACAUUUGUGUAGAUUCAUUUAGAUAUUCUCUCUUUUUCUUUUUAAGUAACAUUUUUAGUCUGAUUUUUUUAAACUCAUGAUAGUGGUUAUUAAUCAAAAUCAUAUUUUACGUUUCAAUAAUGUGCUAUUUCCUAAAUCCAGAAUGUAUUGUAUUAAGCAUAAAACCUGUUAUAACUUUUAAAA